GAAAAAAUAUAUAGCGUUUCAAACGGAAGGAAAACUGUAUUUAGUGCUCGACUUUCUCAGAGGCGGUGAUCUAUUCACUCGUCUCAAUAAAGAGGUUAUGUUUACUGAGGAAGACGUGAAGUUUUAUUUGGCAGAACUGGCGCUCGCACUCGACCACCUCCACACACUUGGCAUCAUUUACAGGGACUUAAAGCCAGAAAACAUUUUGCUGGACUCGAGCGGACACAUCAGUCUAACUGAUUUCGGUUUAAGCAAAGAGUCGCUAAACAAUGAAAAGUCAUUUUCUUUCUGCGGAACCGUCGAGUAUAUGGCGCCCGAAAUUAUCAGCCGUAAGGGCCACACGACAGCAGUGGACUGGUGGUCAUUCGGGGUACUUAUGUUUGAGAUGUUGACCGGAGUGCUGCCCUUCCAG